AUGGGGAAUGGGAAAGGUGAGGUUGACACUGAAGCAGGUACAUCAUCUAGGAGAUGAACUGCCAGCUCAUCCACUUACUUAAACUUUAGUCUUUAUUUAGCCUUUGGCACACUUUGUGGAGGCAGCACCAUUUAAAGAGGGUUGAAUCACAGAAUAAACCCCCUAACUAUUUGCGGCAUUGUAUCUUCGCGUGUGCCAUGGUAUGGUAUCUAGCACUUCACACACUGGCUGAGGAAACAUUGGUUCUAAUCCCCGCUUGUGGCAAAAAGCUCACUGGGUAACUUUAUUUAGGCCCAAGCUACCUCAUAGGGUUUUUGUGAAGGAUAAAGGGGUAGUAGCCCUAGGUACACAACCAGGGGUGCCAACUUGAAUAAAAUACUGGGGGGGGGGCUAACUUACUCCUGUCUAUUCAUUUCAGUGGGUGUAUUCUGAGUAAAAUUUAGUUGACUACAAUUCACUGAGUCUACAUUUUUGGAUUGAAAAGGGUCAGCCAAUCAUUCUGGAGCAAAUCAGUUACAGUGGUACCUUGGUUGUCGAACUUAAUCCAUUCGACUCCUGGAACUGUUCAAAAACCAAGGCACGGCUUCUGAUUGGCUGCAGGAGCUUCCUGCACUCUAUCGGAAGCUGCGGGAGCCAUGUUGGAAGUUCGGCUUUUGAAAAACAUUCACAAACUUACUUCCAGGUUUGCGGUGUUCGGGAGCUGAUUUGUUCAGGAGCCAAGCGAUUCGACAACCAAGGUACCACUGUACUUUUGGAUGAAAAAUAAUCUACUGGGUCGAAUCCAGUUGUGCCCUUUCAUUCACAGAAGGGCUUUUGAGCCAGUGGGUGCUUCCAUUGUACAGUACAUACAUUGAACGUGCAUAAAUACUCAUGUACAAUGGAGGACAAACAAAAUUGCAGAACAGCAAAGAAGUUGCAAGCAAUAUAAUAGUGAAAUCAGAGGUGAGUGUGACUUGGACUGGAUCAGACCACUGGUCUACACAGCCCAGAGAAAAAUUGAAAACAAAAUUGGCUUUAGCUUGCCAGCAGUUGUAAACGCAGCUCAGUUUGUGAGUGCAUGAUUUGUCACAUGCCACUUUUCAUGUUCAGCAUGCACACAAAGAAAUCCUUUCUAUGUAUCAGAUCCAUAAUGUCAGAAGCAGCUGCUGAGGAUAAGAAGCUUCUUCUCUGUUUUGGCCAUCCAUGCCUCUGUGAAAACUAUUCUCUCUUUUAAGUACACCUGAUUUCAUCUGACAAAUGUUGGAGGCCAUGGAUUCCAAAAAACCCAAAACAUCCUCCAGUAUUCAGAAGAGUGGCAAGUCUAAAGAUCAAGACUUACUUCAGAUGUGUAAAUUUCUGCAGCUGAUCAGCUUUUAUGUACUGUUUGCUAUUCAUGACAUAAAUGACUUAUCUGGAGGGGAAGGCUUUGAAAGAAAGGAUUUUGUAUGCUACAACAUUUCCUUGAUCUCUUAGAUAAUAGAAAAGGUGUAAAAGCCAGCAUGAUACUGUGAUUCAAAAUAAAUUCAGAUUCUGCAGUUCCUACAUGUAUAGAGACAGGGAGGGAGGGAGGGAGGGAGGGAGGGAGGGAGAAUGAGAGAAAUUAUGUCAACCAUAUGUGCAUAGCUGCCAGGGAUGGGGAGAAACUGGGUAACCCUAAUUAGCACAUCCCAAAGCAGUAAACAAACUGAAAAGCAGCUAUCUUUCAAAAUCACCUCUUCUCUGAAUUCUGUGAUUCCAUUCUCCCACUUUUCUGUUAGAGAAUAGUGUGCAUUAAAAUGAACAUUUUAGUGAAAAUGGCAUACAAAAAUGCAUUGUGUUUGCAAAGAUGUGAAUAUUGCAGGAAAUGGCAUACUAAAAUGCUGAUGGGUUUUUGAGGGGACUUUUAAAAACCCCCACAGGUGUACAAAAGUGAAUAUAAGACUGGGAAAAUGAGAAAUGGAGGAAAGCAUAUUGUUGAAGGACAUUUUGAACUUCUUCUUCUUCUUCUUCUUCUUCUUCUUCUUCUUCUUCUUCUUCUUCUUCUUCUUCUUCCUCCUCCUCUCUUCAGGCUACCUGCCUAUUCCCAUUACCCCAGCGAUCGCAAACAAAAUGUGGCUCUCUUUUUGGAAGAACUAGCUGCAGUUGACACAAGCAUUGAAGUUUUCAAACUGCAGCUGGUGAGAGAAGAAGUCUCCCUGUUUUAUGGGGUGUCAAAAGGCAAUGAGAUUUCUGCACAUAAAACAUUUAUAGUGUGUAUAGAAAUGGGGUGGGUGUGGAUUGGCCAAAGGAAUGGAAAGAUGAUGGGUUUAUAAUACUGAGGGAAAUUUAUGAAGCUGACAAACAGAUAAAACGUGGCAUUUACAAACCAAACAAAAACCAAACACAAUCACCAGAUGGUUUGAAGCAUUUUUCACUUCAGUGUGUGCCUCUCCGAGUAUAAUCUGCAGAUAUUUUUGUUGAUUUUUAAAGGCAAUUACAGGGAUUUUCCCCUCUUAAAAGCACUUGGAAAAGCAACAACCCAAAGCACCCUGGGAGAAACUGGAGGAAGCAAACUUUUUCAAGUUCUGGGAAAAAGAGAGAAACCUGCUCCAUCAGCAAUUCAGUAAGCAUAGAUGAGAACUAGAAGUUAUUAUAGCAGAGAGAUUGCAAGUAAGUCUACCAAUCUCAUCCUGGAACAUACACACUCCAAACCUCUUGGAACAGAGACAGGAGGACUUUCUUUCCUCUCUGUCAUCCUCCACUGCAAGGCUCAGUUCCUUGAAGGCCUUGUCAUGAGCCCAUAUCCCUGUCUAGGACUGGGGGCAAAAUUUGAUUCAGUUCUCAUUUAAAGGCAAUCUUACCUAAUUUACACUUUCUGGAACCGGAUGUGAACCGAAAUGCAGCCAUUCUUUGAAAUUCGCACUCCUCCAAAUUUUACAAUGCGGUGCUCCAGCCAGCUUAUGUGUGCUAAAAUACACAUGCUUGGGUACAGUGUACAUAUGGAUGCAUAUACUGGUGAAAAUAACAUACAGUGGUACCUCAGGUUAAGUACUUAAUUCGUUCCGGAGGUCUGUUCUUAACCUGAAACUGUUCUUAACCUGAAGCACCACUUUAGCUAAUGGGGCCUCCCGCUGCUGCCACUGCGCGAUUUCUGUUCUCAUCCUGAAGCAAAGUUCUUAACCCGAGGUAAUAUUUCUGGGUUAGCAGAGUCUGUAACCUGAAGCGUAUGUAACCUGAAGCAUAUGUAACCCGAGGUACCACUGUACAACAAUGUGUUAUUUUAGGGGGAAUUGUUUUGCAAAAAUAUGUAUACUCAGCAAAAUUACACACAAAAAAUGUACAUUAAGAGACAUUAAGAGAAAGGGAUUUUCACAAGCACUUUAAAGAAAAUAAUAUGGCAAAUCACUGUGGAAAUGUGGAGAACUGAACUUAAGAACGGAAAAAUGAGAAACUGAGAGGAACUCAAAUGGACAUAUUCCCACAUCCUUAGUCUACUGCAGGGGUUGGCAAACUAAGGCCUGUGGGUCAGAUCAAGACUAAUUGCCUUCAGGAUCCGGUCUGUGGACUGUCCGUGGAUCGGCGUGGGGAUUCUGUUCAUUUGGGCUGCGCCAUUUCCCCAUGUGCCAUUCCAUUCCCCCCCUCUCCCUCACACACGCUGUGGUGGCGCCUCCUCCCUCCCUCCUCCUGAUUUCUUCCUGCCCUGCCUAGAGGAGGAAGGGGGCUGGGCUGAGCUGGCUGAGCGCCAUUUUAAGCAGCCCCUCUCCGGAGCCAGCCCUUCCGUCCCACUCAUCUUCCCUCCUCCGCUGCCGCCCUAGUGCUCCUGUGGGCCAGAGAGUGAAGCGGACGAGCUCAUUCUGCCUACUCACGAGAAGCAGCAGCAGCAGCAGUGGUGGUGGUGGCAGCCCCAGGGAAGGUAAGGCUGGGGCUGGGGGUUUGGGGUGGGGAGGAAGACUACUUGCCCCCCUCACCUCUUCUUCCAGCUCUCCCCCCCCGCCCGCGCUGCUCUCUGGCCCACCACAAGGUCUGAGGGACAGUGGACCGGCCCACGGCUAAAAAAUUUUGCCGACUCCUGGUCUACAGGGACAGGGAAAUUAAUGUGUUUCAGGCAGAAACUACUCCAUGUACAGAUCACUGAGUUGUAUCUCUUCUGCUGCUAUGAUUAAUGACUACUUUAGGUGCAUAGGGUGCUCCCAUCUGAAAGGCUCAGGGAGAGGCAACAGAAUAUAUGAAUGAAUGGUAAGGAAAGAAAGAACCUGGAGCAUAAUCACGACCCAAUAAAAUGCCAUUGUAUUAAAAAAACCUCCCUUUCUAAUGAUUGAACCUAGACGUUUAAACCCAACUCAAACAGGCUAUUCUACUGCGAGAGGAUAAAUCUACACUACAAGUUUACAUUGGUUUUCAUGCCAGUUUAAUUGUCGUGGCUUCCUCCAAAGAACUUAAGUUUCACGAAGACCCUAGCAAGUCUUUGGUAGAGACCCCUCAUAACUAUUAAACCAAUUUAACAGGGUAAGGUCGAUGCAUAUAUAGAGAUCAUGCAUAUCAAAUUUUGGACAUUGUUGAAAAUAGGACUUCCUUAAUUAAUUUGCAGUACCACCUCACAUCCCAUUUCAAGGGACAGGUGCAUGUAUGUUCUGAUUUCAUCUCUUAUAGUAACCAAGGUAACUACAAAUGUGUGCAUGACAUACCGGCUUUCUGUUUCCUGUAGCGGCUCCUCAACAAUUAGCAUAUUUAUUUCAUUUCAUAAAAUUUAUACAUUGCUUGAUGGUGAAUAACCUCAAAGUGGUUUACAAAGAGAUAACACAAUAGAACUGAAGAAAAAAUUGCAACCCUACUUUAAAACAUACAAACGUUACAAGACAAAAACAGACUAAAAUUAACAUCAUAGUUAUGUCAGUGACUGAAUAAGGCGCCAAUGUGGAGACAGUGCAAUUGUAUUUGCUUUAGUUUGGUACAAUUCUGGGCUUAAACUGGUUUAAAUUCUGGAUUUCUGGUGGGCACCAGCUUACUGCUGAUAUAAAACUGACUACAUCGUUCUAUGCCAUUUUAACAUUUUGUACUACUUGAGGACAAACAGGUGCAACAAAAGUAAUAUAGUCAAUAAUUCCCUGUAAGGGGGCAGGGAAAUAACUGAGGAUAGUGGCUAUGCCUUGCUUUGUUGGGGUCAUGACAUCGGACGAUUAUGCAGACUGACAGAAAAAUAAGGGAGAAGCUUCUUGUACAGUACUAAAGCCAACCUAAAGCCUCAAGGGAGUAUUCACAGGAAUAUAAAUUGGAAUGGAUUUGUCCAUUUAUAAUCUGGUCUGUCAGAUAUGAUCUGUGGCUUGUGAGCUGCUUUGAGUUCAGCGUUUGUGCUCUCUCUCGGGUCCUUUUGGAGUUUGUUUUCAUUUAAAUCAUUAUCUUCCUCCGCAAAGAUACUCUUCAGCUUGCAGCGUUGGUCUAAAGCAAGGCAAAGGGAAGGAAUUCCAUUCUGAGGUAAAAUUUGCUUCAGAGUCUUCCUCAGCUACUUAAUCUACAUAUUCAGCUCAGUAAUGGGACAAACAGAGGUGUGGCGAGGGCUGUGUGGCCUACCUUGAUUUACUUAGUACAUUCAUAUCUUGCAUGGUUUUGACCUAUGAAGCCUUGCAUGCCUUGGGAUUCCCAUCAACUCCUGCUAGCAUGGCUAAUGGUCAGGGUUAAUGGGAGGCAGAAUCCAACAACAUCAGGAGCUCAUUGGCUGGCCCUGCCAUAUGCAUUUUCUGUUUUUUUUUAUAUUGUAAUUUUGUGUUCUGUACUACCCUGAGAUCUACGGGUAUAGGGCAGUAUAUAUUUAUUUAAUUAAUUAAUUAAUAAUAAUAAUAAUACUGUAUCAUACUCCAUCAGUGCCAUCCCGUUUUUUAUCACAAGACCAUUUUGGUUGCUGUGAUUUCACACAAUUUCACAAUGCAAUUCCCUCCCCAAAAAACACUUUUUUGGAGGGGAGGCUGUGGUACAAAAUCGUAUGAGAUCAUAGCAACCAAAAUGGCCACUGAACUCUCACAAUAAAAAAUGGAAAGAUAGCGUCUCGGAAGGUGGCGCCCCAGAUUUUGGCUUCAAAGUGUUGGAAGUCCCAUUAACCAACAUUUAUAUAGUGUAAACAACUGCAAAAUUGCCCCCUCCAUGACUGUUAAGUCUUGCAGGAGUAUAAUCUCCAGUGAGGAUUGUUGUCCCUGUAAGUGGUGAAGAAGAUGAAAAGGGACACACGGCUGCAUAUCUAGUUUGUCUCAAACCCCUCAUCCCAUCAAUUCUCCAACCCAAGGGGCCAACUUGAAUUAAAUAUUGUGGGGGGCCCAGGUAAGCCCUCCCCAACAUAAUCGAUCACAUGACACGGUGCACACACACCAUUUGAAUGGCAAUAGCCAUCAACUUUUGGGGGAGGUGUCCAACCUCCUCAAAUAUUUUAUUGUGGGGGUCAAAGUCCCUGUGGCCCCAAACAUUCAUCAAUGGAACUUUCGCUUUACUCUAGUAUUCAGAUCCAGCAGCUUCAUCCAUUCAAUAAACUCUGGUUCUUAUUUUCAUUAACAGUGUCUGUUUCUGCUUCUCCUUGGUUUAAUGUUGUUUCCAGAAAAUUCUAUAACUUUUUUGAGACUGCAUUUUAAAAAUAUCUUUUAACUGUGUAUCUCCCUGAGGUGCUGCAUGGUUUAAAUAAAUACAUAAUGCCCAGGGAUGAAAAUGACCACUCUUCUAAUUACCAGCAAAGAGAAACAUGGAAAAAAAACACACCACACAAAACAUUUUCAUGCAGUUUGAAUGCAAAGCCUUUGGAUAGUUAAUUUAAAACUGGUGGCCCUUACUGAUCUGCAAGUAUUUAGAAAAUAUUUUUCCCUUAUCUGACAGGCAAAUAUUUUCUUCCCUGGUUUCAGAGCACAUGUGCUGACUCCUUUAAUCUUACUCUCUAGCUAAACUCAGUGCUUCCCAGCUACAUUUAUUCACCUACCUUUGGGCAAAAUAUUACAUUUACACCUCCCUGGGGAGCUGAGAAAGCUACAGAGAACCAUAAUGAGUUUGUGUAAUGUUUAAAUACGUUUGAUUAGAUGACAGUAUUUAUCUUUAGAUGCAAUGAAUUAUUGACAUCUGUUUUGCCCACAGCCUAGGUGAACCUCAGCCAAAAAUUGUAACAAGGUGAAUGACUGGAAUCUAAUAUGUCAAUCCUGUCUCAGUUAAAUGCUGAAUUAUUAUUAUUAUAAGGUAUGGCCUUGCUGAGAGAGUUAUGGCUGAAUGUAACUAUUGAAACUCUCAAACCUAGAACUUUGAUACCCAUCUAAAGUCUUCUAUUGCUUUUGCUUUUAUGUAGCUAGAACUCCACCACUCAUCCAUGCACAAGAGGGGGGCAUUGAUAGAUUUGAUGGAAGCCCACAUUUUGCGGAUGUACACACACACACACACACACACACACACACACAGAGGGAGGGGAACCCUCAAAUAGCCCAACGGAGCAUGCUCAGUUCCCACAGAAUGCUGGUUGGCUGUUGAGAGCAGGAGCCGGUGGAGGACAGCAUAAUGGAGCUAGCUUUCAGGCAGCAAGAUCUCUACAGCUUCAUACCCUCCAGCAAGUCCAAGAUAAAACCGGGCCAUGCAUCUUCCAGGCUGUGCUUCCUGGUGAGUCACAUGACCCGCACGAGAUCACAGCCCCGUAAAAGUGCUUUGUUUUGGGGUGAGAUUGCGGUGUGAGAUCAUGGCGCCUCAAAUGGCUGCCAUGCUCUUGAGCAAAAAAUGGGAUGUCCCGGUUUUCUCGGGACAGUUGAGGGGUAUGCAGCUUACCUGGACGGUAGGGGCAGGGAGGUGGCAAGGACCCCAACAGAGCCAGUCUAGUGCUCUUGUUGGUAUACCCACACUGCCCCAACCUCAUUGCCACCUUGCCCUGUCCUUCACCAUCCUGGUAGGUGGCAGCAAGACUGAUGCCAGAAGGCCAGCUCUGUAGUAGCACCUCAUCUAACUAAUCACUCCUGGUUGAGAGAGGGGAAAAAACCUGGCCUGAAAAUAGUGUUGUUGUUUAGUCGUUUAGUCGUGUCCGACUCUUCGUGACCCCAUGGACCAGAGCAUGUCAGGCACUUCUGUCUUCCACUGCCUCCCGCAGUUUGGUCAGACUCAUGCUGGUAGCUUCGAGAACACUGUCCAACCAUCUCGUCCUCUGUUGCCUCCUUCUCCUUGUGCGCUCAGUCUUUCCCAACAUCAGGGUCUUUUCCAGGGAGUCUUCUUUUCUCAUGAGGUGGCCAAAGUACUGGAGCCUCAGCUUCAGGAUCUGUCCUUCCAGUGAGCACUCAGGGCUGAUUUCCUUCAGAAUGGAUAUGUUUGAUCUUCUUGCAGUCCAUGGGACUCUCAAGAGUCUCCUCCAGCACCAUAAUUCAAAAGCAUCAAUUCUUCGGCGAUCAGCCUUCUUUAUGGUCCAGCUCUCACUUCCAUACAUCACUACUGGGAAAACCAUAGCUUUAACUAUAUGGAUCUUUGUCGUCAAGGUGAUGUCCCUGCUUUUUAAGAUGCUGUCUAGGUUUGUCAUUGCUUUUCUCCCAAGAAGCAAGAAAUAGUGUAGGAGGGGAAAACUGAUUGGAGUCAGUAGUAGGGUUGCCAUACGUCUGGAAUUUUCCAGAAAUAGCUGGGAUUUGGUUGUUGGAAACAGUACCCAGACGGAAAUCACUGAAAUGUCCAGGAAAAUCGGGACAUAUGGCAACCCAUGUUGGAACUGUAGAUUUUGGCAAAUUUCACUCCCCCCCCCAAGAUUUUGCCAAAAAAGCUCAACAACUUUGGCCCAAAAAAAUCUGCCCAACCUUGGCCUCUCUGCCACCUGGCUUCAACCCAGCACAGUUCCAGGCAAGCUGAGGCAACCCCAGGACUAAGGUGAUUAUUUUGGCUGUGACUGCAUUCAAUAAGUCACUCCUCUGUCCCAUUCACACCCUACAUUGAAAACCUAUGGCUUCCUCCAAAGAAUCCUGGGAACUGUAGUUUACCCCUCACACAGCUAUGGUUCCAAGCACUCAUAACAAACUACAAUUCCCAGGAUUCUUUGAGGAGAAGCUAUGUAUUUUAAAUGUACAGAUGUGGUCCAUGAGUGACAGAGUGCAGCCGUGACAAAAAUAACCACCUCAGUCCUGAACACAUUGGAUGGAUUCGGGAAAGUCACUAUUCUCAUUAGCCACAGCUCACAGGACCUCACUUCUCCCAUAAGUCUUCACUUCUUUCUAGCGUUUUGCCACCCCCCAAUGAAUAAUAAAUUAUAACAAUGGCACAUUUCUCCCUUCAGCGAGCUGCACUUUUCACUUUAGUAUGACUGGGCACUCAACUAGCCAUAUGCAAUAUUAAUAGAUUGUAUUGCAUAAACAGCGCAUCUCUUUUGUAGGGUUAUGCGAAAAAGGGGGUCAAUGGGAAAUUUGUGUGAGCAAGGAGAAAGAAACACUGACUAAGGGUUUUGGGGAUAUGGACUCGAGUGUAAAUUAUUACUCCAUAAAAGAGCUGUCAUAUUCAACCAGCACUUUAUGCUUGUUCCGAUCCUUAGUAAUCAGAUGACAAUUUCAGGAGCCCAUCCUGCCUCUAGUUUUAUGAGGCAUUUUCUUGUUCACUGCUCUUGCUAUGAACAUGAGCAGCAUGUCAAUAGACCUCACUAUGUUGAAAAUCUCAACAGCAAAUGACUGGAAUAUGGAGGAGCGGAAUGACCAGGGCUGGGGGAGAACAAGGAGCAGUGCUGGAUUUAUGUAUAGGCUAAGUAGGCUGAAGCCUAGGGCCUCUAAAUCUAGGGGGGCUCACCAGUCCACCCGCUCCCCAGCGCCACAGUCUCCCCUCUCCCAAAAUUGCAAACCCAAGACUUCAUGCAAGAGCAGGGCAACUUGGGUCUCUCAAUCUAGGGGGCCGUGCCUGUCUGCUCACUCCCCAGCAGGCAACCUCCCCUCUCCCAAAAUUGCAAAUCCAAGACUUCAUGUGAGGGCAUGGCGACUUGGACCUCUAAAUCUAGGGGGCCUCACCAGCCUGUCCUCUCCUCAGUGCCACAGUCUCCCUGCUCCCAAAAUUGCAAACCCAAGACAGGGCAACUCAGGCCCAGCAACUAUGAGACUCAGGGCUAGACAGUGGGGCCCAACUUGAAGUAGUGGGGCGCAACUUGAAUUUUUGUUUUUUGUAGGGCCCCAGUUCACAGCCAAAGUCUGCAGAAUCUUAUAGAUAUAAAUAAAAUCCAUCUAGAUGGCCCUGGUGCGGGGGCCCCCUUAUGAGCAGCGUGCGAGGCCCAAUUUGGCCCAAUUGCUCCAAUUGCCUUAAGGUCAGCCCUGAUGAGACUGUUCAGGGGAUGGACUGACAAGCCCUGCACAUUCUAAGUCCCUGGUGUCACUAUUCAGAGUACAGACUCAAGGACUUGUUAUGGAAAUAAAGGGGGGCACUUAUUGGAAUCAGUUUUGUCACCUCUCCCCACCCCCAAACCCCAAGACAAUGAGCCCAGCUCCUGCCAACCUAGCAAUUCAAAAGCAUGCCAGUGCAAGUAGAUAAACAGGUACCACUGUGGCAGGAAGGUAAAUGACAUUUCCAUGUGGUGUUUUGUUGCACCAGAAGCUGUUUAGUCAUGCUGGCCACAAGACCCGGAAAGCUGUCUGUGGACAAACGCUGGAUCCCUCAGCCUGAAAGUUAGAUGAACGCUGCAACCCCAUAGUCAUCUUUGACUGGAUUUAACCUUAUAUGAUAGACCCACUCUUUAAUUCUACCAGAUAUCUGCAGAGGUUCUUCAUUCCAGAUGUUUUUGUGUGGCUUGUGGGACAGAGGGAAUUUUGUUGUUGUUGUUGGGGGGGGAACAACAACAACAACUAGAAAGUGGUAUGACUUUUUACAAGUCAGGACAUGAAUGCUCUCCAGUUCAUGCUUGUGUUUAUUCCUUGGCAACGGCCUUCUUCAGUUACUGCUACUGCCUCCAUUCCUAUUCCUUCAAUACAUCCCUAGAUAGAAGAAUCAAGAGGAAUGGAAGAUGCAAUGGCUUUUCCAAGCUUUGGUUGUGGGACUGGAUGUUUGGGGAACUUCUCUCCAUUGCGUUUUCUCUUGAUUGAUUUUCUGUGUCCCAAACUGUCAGUGCAACGAGCUUCGCAAAUCAAGAAUCCCCAUUCCCUAAUUAUGCAUGGUUCCUGGACAGAUUUGUGGCUCUGUGGAUGGAUAGCCCAUUUGUGCUGACAUCAUGGAGCAAAGAGGAUGAACCGGUCUUAGGAGAGAGGCUGACUAUGUCAGAUCCUCCAAUCACUUGUCAGGAGUGGCGAUGCAGUUACUUCACAUUUUACACUGCAAUCAUGUUUGAUUGCUUAGAACUGCUUCACACUUCGAGGGUUUGGAAUAGCUACAGGGGCACUACCGCCCUGCUGUUUCCUACAGUAAAUGCCAGGAUGUGCAGGACAGACACACCCCUAAAUCCCCAUUAGAAAAGCGAGUGGAAUCUCCCUUCACAUCCUUGUCAUUGUGACAGGACAAGUCCAGCCCUACCAUUUGACUGAAUGUGGUGGUUGCCUCAGGUAACAGGUGAUGGGGCACAGGGCAAAUGAAGAAGAGACCUUUGUGUGCCACUUGGCCUGCACUGCAACCCUAAGCUAGCCUGCUGCUCUCAGGUGGGAUGUACUGUCACUUUGUUAGUGUUGAAGUAAGAAUCUCAGCUGCCAAUCUGGUCAAUUUUGGUAUGGAACCAUAGUGGGGGAGCCAUCUUCUCUCCUGCUCUAGGCAUGAAGAUGUCAUGUCCUAGCCCUGUGGUAAAGGGAUCCUGCACAAGAUAAUUAGCUAGAAAGAGAAUGCUAGAAAUGCUCAGAUAUGGGUAUAUAUUAGGGUUUGCCAUAUUUCAAAAAGUGAAAAUCUGGACACAAAAGCUGUUGAUAUUAUUAUUAUUAUUAUUAUUAUUAUUAUUAUUUUGCAAAAUCUCAAAAAACAAAAAGAAUUUUUUGGACCAAAGUUGUGGAGCUUAUCUUUUUUCUUUUGGCCAAAAUUGUUGAGCUUUUUCCGAUGACCGAAUCCUGCUAGGUUCAGGAAAUUCUGGACGUAUGGCAACCUUAGUAUAUAUAUACACAGGUUAUCUUUAUCUAUCUCUACCCAUAUGCAUAUAUUUAGGUACAUUUUAUCUCUGUCUCUAUCUCUAUCUAUUUAUCCAUCAAUCAAUCUAUCUGCAUGGAUUAUAAUUUAUUUUCCCGCCCAGGCUUGCUCUGUGAUCAAAGCUGAAGAAGAACGAAUACUUUGCAUGCCUGUUCUACCAGGUUUUUUCCCCUUUUCUCCCCCCACAGGUCAACAUGCCUUCCUACACUAGGCCGCAUCCUCGUAAGAUCAAGACACUUUUGCCAUGCUUUAUUUUAGUCGAGGUAAGAAAACACUCAAAGUGCUAUUGUGGAAUUACCCGUUUAUGUUUCUGAAAGAGUAAUAAUAAAAAAGAACCUCUCUUGAAAGAAACACCCUCAGAUUUAUCACCGGGCUUUCAGUGAGCUCAAGGAGCCAUUAUUGUGUUGUUACAGCAUGCUAUCUUUUUACUAGCAAUCACUUUCCACGGCCAUAAACGGUCCCGUUCCUGCGUUAUUAUUGUUUUGUUCUUUGAAGGCAGGAGAAAUAGGAGUCCUGUUCACUGACUUUGCCCCUUGGCAAUUUACAUGGGUCUGGGUGGGAUGCAGUGGGGUGGAGUGGGGGUUGACUUUGGCUUCAAUGCUUUUGAAGUGAUAGAUUAAGCAAAAUCACCACAAAUAAAAAAUGGUGCCAUAAAUAGAGGUGCAGAGCAUUAUUCAUUGUGCGUUAUAUUGCAUGGCUCAAUCUUGAGAGCUACUAUUGGAACAAAUAAGGGAAUUUAUUUUGUUGAAUGCAGUGCUAUUUUUCUAGAAAAAGAGGUGCCAGAACUCGCCAUGAAUGCCUCCCUUAUAAUGGCAGUGGCGCCAACCUGAGAGGUGCCAAAACUGAGUUCCGGUGAGUUCCAGCUGAAAAAAAAGCCCUAGUUGAAUGUAAUCCACAAACUUAGUUGAAUACCACCCACUGGGGUUACUCUGAGUAUUACUAAUGUUGGAUAUCACCUAAUUUUUUUUUACUAUGCAUUCUAAAGGGAAACUCCUUAAUCGUUUUGGAGGUGUUAUUUUUAUGUGCACUAACAUAAUAGUUUGCUAUGGUGUAGCAAAAUGUUGGGUACAGACAACACAAGAAUCCUGUUCAGGGCUUCUCCAUAGUAAGGGGCUGGAUCUAGACACAUUAAAAAUGUGUUUCAGGAAAACAUGUUGUAAACUUCAUAAUGGGAAAUCACGUUGGCGAAAGACGGGACUCCACAGCGCCAUCUGGUGUCACAGUGUUAUAACACAUAUAAAACACUUUUUCUUCUGAGAGCCAGGGUGGUGUAGUAUUUAAGAGCGGUAGUCUCAUAAGCUGGGGAACCGGGUUCGCGUCUCCGCUCCUCCACAUGCAGCUGCUGGGUGACCUUGGGCUAGUCACACUUCUUUGAAGUCUCUCACCCUCACUCACCUCACAGAGUGUUUGUUGUGGGGGAGGAAGGGAAAGGAGAAUGUUAGCCACUUUGAGACUCCUUAAAGGGAGUGAAAGGCGGGAUAUCAAAUCCAAACUCUUCUUCUUCUUCUUUACUAAUGAGUCCAGGGUAAAUGUGUGGAGUCGGAAGCAGCAGGACCACACUACUGGGCCUCCUGCUUGCCAUACAUACACAUUCACACAAUGUUCACAAAGGGGCAUCUGUAAAACACAUAGCGCUACAUUUGUUGACAGUCCAUGCAACUGCAACUUCCAGUUGCACAGGUUCCCAGCACCUGCAUACUUAGAUCUGUGCACAUGUAGAAGAUCCUUUGCCGUUUUUGCACUGAGCACACAUACAUCACACUGAAGGACCAGUGGCACAUACAAAAUUGAGGGAGGGCCAGUCAUGUGGUCCUACUCUUCCUUUUCCAGACAUUUGCCCUAAAUGUGGAGAAGGUCUGAAGUAGGGCUAUAGCGAUAGUCCAUUUAAUGCUUUGCACCAAUCCCUCGUUUUAUAAAACACUAUUCUUAUUACCAGAGUUAUAAAAAAGGUUUCAAGGAAUGCAUCUGCAGCCAGAAUUAAAUGCGGCAGGAGCUGGAUGGCUUCUAUGCAAAACAAAAGACCUGCACCCUCUCCUCUUUUUCUCUCCCCCAGUAAUGUCUACAGCAGUUUCAUCACAUCAUGUGCUUUGUAGUACUGCAAUGUAAUGCUACAAAGCACAUGAUGUGAUGAAACUGAAUACCAGGCUUCCCUGGUUCUGGAACUGGCAGCCAAUGCAGUGGUUCUAUAGUACUAAAUGUUACUGGGUGAAGGAGGAAUAGACGAUAUGGCACUGCCUGCUACCACUGGCAGAGCCUCACCUCACAUCUAGUUGUGGCUUGAGGAAAACGGGGAGAAACAAAGAGAUAAAGCCAGAAGAAAAGUGUAUUUAGGCCAUUCUUUUCAAGCACUAUUCACUGGCAGGAAAACCCAGAAAACCUCACAAAUAAAAGCAAGGACAACAUUACCUUCAUAUUGUUGAAUCAGCUGUAAGUUGUCCAACUUAAUUUGGUUCUUGGCAAGGAAAAUAGCUUAAGAUUCAGUGGGAAAUGGUUGCAUAAAAAACUCUGCAGAGUGCAUAAGUGAAUCACAGAUCGAUGACCUGUCAGCUUUCCUGAAGAGGCUUAAAAAAAAAUACACCUCAAUCUAGCAAACACAUUCCACAUUUAAUAGAGCUGUUGUGUGUGUGGAAUGUUUGUCCUUCAGGCUCCUACAUGAACCUGCUACAACACUGAAAAUAAGGGUGGAAGAGUCUCUCAAUUUUGGUUUAUCCUAGAGUCUCCUAUUACCCAGUCUUAAAUUCCAUUUGCUCCAUUUCAGCAGAAGUUUGUACCAUAUUUUUCGCUCUAUAAGAUGCACCAGACCACAAGACGCACCUAGUUUUUGGAGGAGGAAAACAAGAAAAAAUAUAUUCUGAAUCUCAGAAGCCAGAACAGCAAGAGGGAUUGCUGCUCAGUGAAAGCAGCAAUCCUUCUUGCUGUUCUGGCUUCUGGGAUAGCUGCGCAGCCUGCAUUCGCUUCAUAAGAAGCACACACAUUUCCCCUUACUUUUUAGGAGGGAAAUAGUGAGUCUUAUAGAGCAAAAAAUACAGUAAUAUUUCUUCGAGGUCCUCGCCUAAAAUCUUCACAGUGAGGUCUCUCCAUGCUUUGCCAUUCUUUGGAGGGAUUGGAUGAAGGAAAGAAUGUCAAGCUUGCAUGGUGGAAUUGACUAUUGUGAAAUGAGUUCAACGAUUUAAGACAUAGCAAGUGAAAGUCAAAUAUCUCCAUGGAAAAGGCUGACCUGCUCCAAUAUAUCUGGGAGUGAAAGGGAAGAGCUUUUAGCUCAUAAAGUGUGGCUUCCAGGUAGCCUUAAGCCCCGACAUCUCUUUUUAACGACUUAAGUAUAGAUGCUUCCCUAUCUAUUCCCUGCUUGGAGCCUGUAAAAUCCAGCUAAAUGCAUUUUACUGGAUUCUACAGCCAUGCACGCAGAAGUGAAACUGUGGUUUGAAUGUUGGCGAGGCACUGCUGGCAGCUGCUAUAGUCAAUGUGUCCUUGUACAUAUUGAUUUUUCUAAGUGACAUGUUAGAGCUGGCUUCUUGGACUUCCUAUGUGCUUUAAUUAUCUGGGUUUUAUGAUGUACCUGGGUUUUUUGAAAAAGCAUCUUCUGAGCUGUUGAUGCUAACAGAUUCAUUCAUAAGGUUUUCUGCCCCUGCAAUUAAAGGCUUGAUCUAGAGUACAAAGGGUGUUUCACAUGAGUACUAAGGUAUGCAUUUGUGUCUAGCCAAAACUACGGAUAUGUUGUUUCCCAUUGCAUUAAGAUACAGUAGUACAUCUGAGAUGGCAUGGGUAAGCAAACUAAGGCCCGGGGGCCGGAUGCGGCCCAAUUGCCUUCUAAAUCCAGCCCACGGACGGUCCGGGAAUCAGCAUGUUUUUACAUGAGUAGAAUGUGUCUUUUUAUUUAAAAUGCACCUCUGGGUUAUUUGUGGGGCAUAGAAAUUUGUUCAUCCCCCCCCCCAAAAAAAAUAUAGUCCGGCCCCCCACAAGGCCUAAGGGACAGUCGACCGGCACCCUGCUAAAAGGUUUGCUGACUCCUGUCUGAGAGUAUAGCCCAGCUAUUAACACAGUAUCAUUUUCUGCAACACUCUGUAUAUAUGAAAUCUGUUCUCCCAAUCUGCACAGAAUUUGUUCUGUGACAACCCCUUACAAGUAUUCAUGUCUAGAAAGCAGAACAGUAGCAUCUACUCUUGCUUUUGGAGAGGGGUGAAGGAGAAAUUUAGUUUACCUCACAUUAUGAUGCAAACCUACUCAAUUUGCACUUCCUGAAACUCAAUUUGCACUUCCAAAACAUAUGAAAGCUCCCAUGUUGGGGAAUUCAGCUUUCCAUGAACCAAGCAAUUCCACAGCCAUUUAUUUGAUUUCACAGGCAUUUUCUGCAAGUUGUCGCAGAAAUGGCUGUGAGCCUGACAAUGGAAAGCAGGCUUCCCCAAUGUAGGACCUUCCAAAUGUUUGAACUACUACUCCCAUUAAUCCCAGUCAACAUGUCCAAUAGCCAGGGAUGAUGGGUGCUGAAGUUCAGCAACAAAGACUCUACCACAAGAGUCGAGAACAUUCCCCCCCAUCUAGAAUUGCUUUUUCUUGGGAGUUAAUCUCCUGGGGGCCAUUUGCCAUCAGUCGGUGGGGCCGUAAAACAGUACUGGACAGAGCCUGUGCCCCAAGUUGGUGGGGCCAGAGCCAAAAGUGGGAAGGGCACCAUUUUCCCUUCUCUAUUUUUCUGCCACCUCUUUUAUAUCUCACCAUGGUUGGAUAGUGUUCUCGAAGCUACAAACAUGAAUCUGACCAAACUGCGGGAGGCAGUGGAAGACAGGAGUGCCUGGCAUGCUCUGGUCCAUGGGGUCACGAAGAGCCGGACACGACUAAACGACUAAACAACAACAUGUCAGAAUGAUUCAGCAUGCUUUGUCCUGAGCCACAAGGACUUUGCUGCAAACAUAUAAAUUGGUUCAGAACUGUGCCCAUUGAUAGGUUGCCAUUUAAUUUAUUUUUUUUCAACAUUGUGCUGAUAAAUGCCAGAAAUCGAAGGUGUUGGAGAUAUCUUUCAAGAGGCUGAAACAUGGAACGGAUGAGUAAAUUCCAACCGAAGUUUAUAAAUAACUGAAAGGCCACUGUGCAGCACAGCACACCCAGAACCCACUUUGAGGUGAUUACAUGGAAGACAAAUUGCAGGAUACAUUAUCAGAGGCAGUUUGUGCUCUUCAAAGUGAACACGGCUAGAUCAUUUUUCUUCUGGAGUUGGAUAACACUGGAAACAAGAAGCUGUUUUUACUUGUCUUUGAUUGAGAUGGGAGACAAUAUGGUGCUGGACUUUCAUGAUAUCUGAUGGAGGGGAGAAAUGGAGUUCUCUUCCCAAUUUGACCAUUGGUAAGGCAAAAUAUAGGCAAAGUCUGGAUGUAAAAUCACAUUUUUUGUGAUAUAAGAGUAAAUACUCUACAACUGCUUGCCUUUACUCUGAAGGUGCACUCCUCCAUUGUUUCCCGAGACAGACGGAUGCCAACAACUCACACACCUAUUAGAUAUACACACAAUUCAAGUGAUUGUUGAUCAUGAUUCAUACUCAUUAUUCUACUCUGGGUAUGACUAACAUUGACUAUUACCAUAUGUGUGUGGUACACACACACACACACACACACACACACACACACACACACACUUACUCAAAGUUUCCAAAAUUACACUUUCCAAAGAAUGAAAAUUAGGUGUAUUCAUGGAAGACUGAAAAUAUCAGGAGGAAGGAUUUAUCUGUGCAGUUGUAUCUGGGGGUUAUAUCAGCUGGGUAAGGUUAGGAUUACUACCAAAUUCUGUAUGUUUCUGCAAUUUGAAAUUAUGAUGCCAGCAUAACUUUAGAUUUGUGUGAAGGGAAAUUGGGUAGAGUUGAGGGUGGGAUGCAAGAAGAUCAGCUUAGUCCAGUAAGGACCUCAACCUAGGCUGGUGCGAGAUUGCAAAACAGCUGACAUACAACGAAAUGCACAUUCAUAGGAGUCCAUUCAUCCAGAGUUCUUUUUUCUAUUGCGUCUUUAACUUUGCUACUGAGGGAGCAUCGGGGGAGCUAUGCUGCUACAAAAUGUAGUGUACUGGUCGCCAUCAUAUAGCUAAAAGGGUCUCUCAGUUCAUGUCCUCAUGGCCCGAUCCUGUGAGUGCUUACUCAGAAGGAAAUGAACUGUCCAAUAAGUGUCCAUGGGAUUCACCCAAAGUCCCAUGGGAAACAUGAUCUUUAAAUUAGCUAUGGUCAACAUCUUUCAUUGGUUUUGAACUACAUGCACACUUUACUUUUAAAGUACAUUUCACCUCUCAAAGAAUUCUGGGCAUUGUAGUUUGUUAAGAGUUGCUGGCAAUUGUAACUCCACAAGGGGUAAACUCCAGUGCCCAGAAUUCUUUGAGGGGGGGAAGUGUGUUUUGAAUGGGCGUUAAAAGUAAAAUGUGUGUACACAGCCUUAGUGGGACUCUUGUCACAAGAGACUGAGCUAUUUUCUAAUGAAAUUGGAUUUACCCAAGAAAUAUUUUAGAGUUUUCUUCAAGGCAAACAUGUCUCUGUUUCUAUGGCAAUGGUCAUUUGCAAAGUGGUGAGAACAGAACAUACUGUGCCCAGAACUUGACCAUUGGGCCUGCAGAAGAGAGACGUACACUACCACAGAUUAAAUUCUGUCUAAUAAUAAUAAUAAUAAUAAUAAUAAUAAAACACAAGCAGAUAUUCACAAAAUUACUUCGUGCUCAAAACUGUUAAUCUUAAACAUUAAAUAGGCACCCAGGAUACUUAGAAAUACAUAUAUAUGUGUUUGUGUGUCACAUGGUGAUUCUAGUAUAACUGAUGUCCUAUCUGCAGAGAUGCAUUGCAUUUUCUUCACAGCAAAAUAUAAUGCAUGGGUUGCCCAGAAAACAUCUUUCUUGAAAUAAGAGUGUGACUUUGAAGGAAGAUGUUUAGACCAUGAGUAAACAGCAACUAAUCAAUGUGCACUUAAUCUGCACCCAAACUGAUUCUGAAGAAAGGCCUUGACAUUGUCAUAAUAAAUUCAAUAAAUUCAGAAUCAAUAAUUUCCAGAUAAACUUGGAGAGCUCACUCAUCGCCUGUACUGAGAUCCUACCAAAUCCAGGCCUACAAACUGGAGGCUCCAUCCACUGUCCUGGACAAAGGCUCUGAAUGUAAACUAAUAUUUUGCAUCUCUCAUUCUUGCGGACAAGUAUGUCAGCACUAAUCUCUGCCAGCAAUUAAUGGAUUUGGCAGACUGAUAAUUGAUAAUGAGGGAGAUCUUAAAAGCAGAUUCAAAAGAGAGAUAGAACUCACCCAUAGUAAUUCUAUGUAUAUUUCAUAAAGGAGAUCUCAGAGAAGAAAUCAUACCCCCUUCUGCCCUCUCUGUGGUUGUCUCUCUCUCGCUUUUGUCAAGACCCCAGGCCUUUUUGUACAGUACAGCCAUGUGCUGAUGUUGCACUAAUUAUCUAGACUGCCUAGUGGGCUGUGUUAUUUGAACUUACGACUGGAUGAACUUAAGGAAGGGGGAGGGGAGAGGAAUCUUCCGGUUGAGUCAUUUUUGAUUUCACAUUCAUUUUAAUGCAGUUUACAUUGUAAAUUUGAUAUACGGCAGCAGCUAUUCUUGUUUGCCAUUGUUGGACAGAGCAAGACAUUAUUAGAAAACGUGAAGCUAUAUCUGACUCUGCCUGAUAUUUUAACUUUUAAGAAUGGCGGCAAAUUGUUAUUGGAAAUGAACUGAGAAAUUAAGCUUUGAGGUCACAUAAUGUGGCAAUGAAUAUUUCAGAGGAAGCUAUCCGUACUGAGUGUUUACUGAGAGCAGAGCUAUGAAGGCUGUGGGGCAAAUGAGUGAGGAUUACAAAAGAUGAAUUUCCCUCAUAAGUUUUUAUUUAAGUUCCAGCCAGUAAGACCAGAGGUAGAUGAGACUUAUUUUCAAAACUGAGAACCAUAAUACAUUGCCAUCUGAAUUCCUCCUGAUGUUGCUGGAAUCCAACUCCGUAUAACCUCAGCCAGUAUUGCCAGUGCUCAGACAUUAUAGAAUGUCCAGCAAGAUUGGAGAUGGCCCCAGGUUCCCAGCCCUACCUGUGAACUGUGUUGAGCAAGGUGGAGCCUGACAUUUGAGGGGAAUUAGAUCAAGUAAGAAAAGCAAUGACAAACCUAGACAGCAUCUUAAAAAGCAGAGACACCACCUUGCCAACAAAGGUCCGUAUAGUUAAAGCUAUGGUUUUCCCAGGAGUGAUGUAUGGAAGUGAGAGCUGGACCAUAAAGAAGGCUGAUCGCUGAAGAAUUGAUGCUUUUGAAUUAUGGUGCUGGAGGAGACUCUUGAGAGUCCCAUGGACUGCAAGAAGAUCUCCAUUCUGAAGGAAAUCAGCCCUGAGUGCUCACUGGAAGGACAGAUCCUGAAGCUGAGACUCCAAUACUUUGGCCACCUCAUGAGAAGAGAAGACUCCCUGGGAAAGACCCUGAUGUUGGGAAAGAUGGAGGGCACAAGGAGAAGGGAACGACAGAGGACGAGAUGGUUGGAUAGUGUUCGCAAAGCUACCAGCAUGAGUUUGACCAAACUGCAGGAGGCAGUGGAAGACAGGAGUGCCUGGCAUGCUCUGGUCCAUGGGGUCAUGAAGAGUCGGACAUGACUAAACGACUAAACAACAACAACAAAGCUCAAGUAAAUGGCUGCAAUAGGAUCACCUCAGCCUGCUUGGAUGACCAGCUGCUUCAAAUAUGCUUGGACAACAACAAUAUGAUGGUGAGGAGCUGAUCCAGACAAGAUGGCACUCCACUGCCAGAAACCAUCUGGACCAGCUUCAACACUGGUGAUCCUCCACAUCCGAGACAGCAGAGCCCAGGAGAAGGGGAUGUGGCAACAGAAGGGGAUGGUGGAGGGCUCAGGAGGAACAAUGAAGGGCUAUUGCUGCCCCUGGGCAUCUGUCCCCUAAGGCGAUUCCCUCACUCUCCCUAACAGUAGUGUUGGCCCUGGGUCUAAUUUAGCAGCUAAUGAGAAAAAUUUGGAAGAAACAUUUUAGAUCUUUCUCCAUUGAGGCUAGGCUAAGGAAGAGCCAAUGUUGCUUUGGAACCAGCUGAUGGUCCAGGUUCCCGGAGCAAUCCUGUAGUAGAGCCAGUGUGGUGUAGUGGUUAAGAGUGGUAGUCUUGUAAUCUGGUGAACCGGGUUCGUGUCCCCGCUCCUCCACGUGCAGCUGCUGGGUGACCUUGGGCUAGGCACACUUCUUUGAAGUCUCUCAGCCUCACUCACCUCACAGAGUGUUUGUUGUGGAGGAGGAAGGGGAAGGAGAAUGUUAGCUGCUUCGAGACUCCUUAGGGUAGUGAUAAAGCAGGAUAUCAAAUCCAAACUCCUCCUCCUCCUCCUCCUCUUCUUCUUCUUCUUCUUCUUCUUCUUCUUCUUCUUCUACUACUACUACUAUCUGCUAAGCCUGUACAUUCCUAAAUAAAGCAUUACAAAGGCAUCAAGAGUCCCUGCUUCCUCUUGCAAGGAGAGUUACAGCACCUGCUGUGGCUGCAAAGGCCGAUACAGGAGAGACAUGUUUUAUUGCAGGUGGGUUAGAUGGAAGUGCCCGGUUGUGCUAAUGUCGGUGUACUAUGGCAUUUCUUCUUUCUAUGGACCUCCCAGUGGUCAUUCUGCCCCUGAUCACUGCUGUGGAUAUUGUAUGCGACCUAGUACUGCGGCUGUCUACAAAGGAUUACUACAUGGUGUGGUUAAUGUCCCCAGGCUUCAUGCCAUUUUUGCAGACAUCUUUGUAAUGCAGACUUGGUCUGGCGACAGACCUGUUGCCUGAAGUCAGUUCCCUGACAUCCCUGACAGUUUGGGAUCCUGAUAUCUUCCAUUCCGUGGACAUGGCCGAGUCAGCAUAGAUGUCGCUGAGCCAGGACUUUGAACAUGCUGGGAAUGUGGACUUGGGGAAAGUUCACCUUUCUUUGAGACAUUGCCCUGCCAUGUGAUGCCCAGAAUCUUCAAAGUAAAACCAAUACCCUCAUUACAAAAAAUACAUUUGUUGCGCUAGGGUGAUGGGAGGCUUAAAUCUGCUUUAACUGAACAAACCUAAAUUUGCAGUAUGCGCUUUGAAUUCCUUCUGCAAAAUAGCGACUGUCUGUAGGCGGCCUAAAAAUCGGGGUAGACUUACGUUGGUAGGAGCUUUGCUGCUCAGUCGCCCUAGAAUAUAACGACUCAUUAGAAGAGUGAGAUGGAAAGUUCAGAACUCCUUCCUGAAGCUUUGAUUGAUUUGGGCAAUAUAUAUAAACUGCAAAAUCAAUGGGAAACAGUCUGAAAUGCGUCUUUCUGCUGACAAAGUGGCCCCUUGCACUAAUGACAAUCUAAGCAGUAAAAGUGCUGGCAGGUUCUGUGUGGAUGUGAUGUUAAGUCAUUUGCCAGGGAGGCAUGCAGGCUUGAUUCAAGGGCUUAAAAUCACUCUCAGAGCAGAAAAGAGGAAUCCAGUGGCAUUUUCAUUGUAACGCUGAUAGUUGUGGCUCUGAGUUUACAUCGUAUGGGAAAAAUAAAAAGGAUACUCUUUCAGAAUUGUAGGGUUUGGGAUUUUUUUGCAGGUGUAUCCUGCAACAUGUCAUUGAUGCAGUAAAUAGUGUGCUUAUAAACUGCUUUGAGGUUUUUCCUACAAUCAAGCAGUGUCUAAAUUUUAUGAACUAAAUAAAUGAAUGUUGUCUCAAUGCAGUGCUGCUGCAAAGCAGUUGAAGAAUUCAGAUGAAGGGUUGUGGAAAGGUCUUUUUCUUUCCUGAGUUGGAGUCAUGUUGAUGUUGUUUAGUCGUUUAGUCAUGUCCGACUCUUCGUGACCCCAUGGAGCCAGGCACUCCUGUCUUCCACUACCUCCCACAGUUUGCUCAAACUCAUGCUGGUAGCUUCGAGAACACUAUCCAACCAUCUCGUCCUCUGUCGUUCCCUUCUCCUUGUGCCCUCCAUCUUUCCCAACAUCAGGGUCUUUUCCAGGGAGUCUUCUCUUCUCAUGAGGUGGCCAAAGUAUUGGAGCCUCAGCUUCAGGAUCUGUCCUUCCAGUGAGCACUCAGGGCUAAUUUCCUUAAGAAUGGAUAGGUUUGACCUUCUUGCAGUUCAUGGGACUCUCAAGAGUCUCCUCCAGCACCACAGAAUCAUAGAAUUGCAGAGUUGGAAGGGAAGCCAAGGAUCAUCAAGUCCAGGGUUUCCAAAACUUGAGUCUCCAGCUGUUUCUAUUCUAAAAAAUUCCAAUCAUCCCUAACCACUGGACCUGCUAGCUAGGGAUGAUGGGAGUUGUAGUUCAAAAACAACUGGAGACCCAAGUUUGGGAAACCCUGAUCUAGUCCAGCCUCCUGCAAUGCAGGAAUCGUUUGCCCAGUGUGGGGUGUACUGUUUGUCAAUGUCGAUGUGGCUCAUUGUGAGACUCUGCCCCAUCGGCCUUGCUGUGUACCUGAACAACAAAGUUUCCAGGCAAAACUACAGCAUUCCUGCAUCUAACCAUUGCUGUGGUAAGUCUCCAGAAGGCAUGAAAUUCAUUCUGAGAAGGUGCUUUUCAUUGAUUCUUCUGUUCAGCUUUUGCAAAUGGGCAUUCCUCCUAGUAGGGAUGCGAGUGGUGCUGUGGGUUAAACCACAGAGCCUAGGACUUGCCGAUCAGAAGGUUGGCGGUUCAAAUCCCCUCGACGGGGUGAGCUCCCGUGGUUUGGUCCCACCUCCUGCCAACCUAGCAGUUCGAAAGCACAAAGUGCAAGUAGAUAAAUAGGUACCGCUCCAGCGGGAAGGUAAACAGCGUUUCCGUGUGCUGCUCUGGUUCGCCAGAAGUGGCUUAGUCAUGCUGGCCACAUGACCCAGAAGCUGUACGCUGGCUCCCUCGGCCAAUAAAGCCAGAUGAGCGUCGCAACCCCAGAGUCGGUCACGACUGGACCUAAUGGUCAGGGGUCCCUUUACCUUUUUAUUCCUACUAGUACAGAGGAAUUGUGUCUUCAAGAGCCUACGGGUUGCUUCAUGUGGUCCUUGAGACCACUGUAGUAGGUAGGGGCUGAUAUUUCAUUUGAAGUAAGAUGACAGUUUGAUACGGUAACUGUUUCUAUGGUGGUAGCCUGAGUGUUUGAAAAAAGUUAUUUGAGGUAAUAGAGGUAGGCAGAAAAUGCAGUACUGGGACUGUUGGUAUUCAUUUUGUGGUGGCCUUGUAGGCAUCUUUCUGCUGAACCAACAGAGAGCCUCAUUUUUCAAUUUACAGAGAAAAUUAUAAUAUUGUCAACCAGCCCACAUAAAAAACCCUGAGUAGUUUGUUGAAUGAAGAUAAAAUUAAUCACUUCGCAUGUUUCUUAUGGGCAUCAGUAAAUCAGAUUGCAAAUGUGUACUGUACUGUCACCAAAGAUUAAGCAUAAAGCUGUUGUCAGAUGUAUAUUUUAUAGCCAGUGAAAUAUUGCUAAGAAAUAGAGUUCUGUUCCUUAUAAUUGUAGUAUACAAUAUUGCUGACUUUUUGCCUCAGGGUCCCCUUUUACCUCAGUUAUGUACAAAAUGGGCCCAGCUUGAUUGUCUGUUACACAGUAUUCAUUUAUUGACAUAAUUAAUUCCAUUUAAGAAUCAUUUCCCAAAGAAUGUCUCAAAGCAAUUUCACAAUAAAAACACCAGCGAUAAAAAAACCCAAACAGUUUGAUAUAUGAAAACAAUUAUAACAUAUGUCAAAACAAUUUAAAUCCAACACAGAUGCAAACUGGGAUAGCACUUUUAUUUAUUUGCAUUCAUUGAUUGAUUACGUUGUAUGUACAGUAUUUAUAGGCCACCCUAUAUCAAUCUUUUUUUUAAAGGAAUGCUACGUUAAACAAAAAUGCACUGGACCUAAUCUGUCUUAAUGUCUCCCGUCUUCGCUUAAAACAGUUAGUAAUGAAUAGUGGAAUGUAAGGAUCAGGUUUCAAGGUCCAAUGCAGAGGGGAGGGGGACUUGUGCAAGUUUCAUACAAGUUUAAACUUAUUCAGCAGAAACUAAACUUGGAAAAGUGCUAGGUUCUGGUCAAAACAGAUGAGCUGUGUCAGCCCUGUUAUAUCCUAACCACAAAAGUGUGCAGAAUCUCUUGGUACCUCUGGUGCAUAUCAUUUUCUGAUCCUUAGAAAGUACCUGAAGCAGCAGAAACUGACAGGAUUAGCCCCCUCCCCUUUUUAAAGUUUCUGUACAAUGAGAAAAUCAGGGCUGCCCCUACCAUUAGGCAAAGUUAGGCAGUCUCCUUUGACAAACAGUGGCAGCAAGAUGGUGGAAGACUAAGAUGGUGGAGGACUGAACUGGGUGUGCAACUGUUCCCCAUAAAGUGGCCCUGCUGCCUUCAGGUGUGGUGAUGUUAGGGACUGGACUGAGCAGGAAUGGUGGAGGCCGCCUCCCCUUCCUGAACCUUCCUGAGAAGAGGAAGACUGUAUAGAUUUACAGCAGUGGUUUGCAGAAGGUCAUGACUCUGAGAUAGAAGGACAGAGCUGGGAGAUAAUGGAAGGGGAGGAGAAAGAAGCAGCAGAGCCAAAACAGCUGGUGGACACGUUAUCAUUAGAAAGCAUUCCUGACGCCCCUACUCAUAGAACCAGGAGGGCUGUUAAAGUGGAAGUGCAGAAAGCAAACAGACAAAGGGCCUUACGCAGCCACUGUAUAAAGGGUGACACCACAGGCGAUGGAGAGUAAAAGGGGGAAGAAGAUUACUUGGAGAAAUGCCAUGAAUGAAUGAAUCUUUAUUUGUGUCUGUCAUCGGCCAUAGCAAUAAAACAACAAUAUGAUAUACAAAGAACAGAAAUAAAAAAGUCAUUAAAUAAAAUACAUUUUAGGGUUUGGAAUCAAUAGUCAAAUAGUGGAUCUUAUUCUGAUUGCCCCAGCUAAAAAACCUUGCAACCUUUGCUGUCACCUGUUCAUCUUGAUCUGCUAAGAGAAAGGACACUGUGGCAGUGGUUGGGCAACCCAGAAUGGACAAUAAAAGAGGGGUGAUAAUCUCAUUCCUCAAGCCUUUAUAAAGAGUGCAAGCCAGAAGGGCAGGCACCAUCAAUUUGGUACUGCCAUCUCCACAGGGACAUAAGCGUUUUUUGUGUGGAAUCUGUUGGAAUCGUCCCUCAAGUACAGCCGAGGGCAAUAUAUUCCAUCUUGCAAGAGUAAAAGCAUGUCUAUAUUUUAGAAUUGCUAGGUUAUGCAAUUGAUUAAUAGGGACUACAUUCCUUUCUCUGUGUGUGUAAAUCCAGAAUAAAUUACGUGGUAAGGACUCUUCUUGUUACCUGCUUUGUUUUGCUGCCACCGGGGGAGGGAAAGGAUUCCUUGAACCUUGACAGGUGGAUGCAGCCGCUGUGUUGAAGUUAGAAACAUGUGAUGGAACUGCAGGAGAAGGCGCCAUCUUGCUUCUUACUUCAGGCAACAAAAUGCCUCGGUUCAGUCCUGAAAAUACAGGAGACUUGUGCUGGUUUUUUGAAACACAUUUUUCUUUACCAAUAUUUUGAUUGACUGGAAAACAAGUACAGUGGUACCUCAGGUUACAUAUACUUCAGGUUACAUACACUUCAGGUUACAGACUCCGCUAACCCAGAAAUGGUGUGUCAGGUUAAGAACUUUGCUUCAGGAUGAGAACAGAAAUCAUGCUCCGGUGGCGCGGCAGCAGCAGGAGGCCCCAUUAGCUGAAGUGGUGCUUCAGGUUAAGAACAGUUUCGGGUUAAGAACGGACCUCCGCAACGAAUUAAGUAUUUAACCCAAGGUACUACUGUACGCAGGUAGACAAUCCAAAGGCAGCAUCAAGGGCGCUGCCUACUAUGGCUUUGGAGAUGAAUAAGGCCUAGUCCUCUUUUCUUGGGUCUUGUACACUGGCUCUAUGAUAUGAUCUAUGAUCCCCACAGAUAUGUCCCCAUUAGUGCAUAAGAGGAAUGGGAAGCUAAUGGUCCUUCAGAUGUUGUUGACUUCCAACUCCCAUAAGCCACUGCCAGCAUGACCUAUAUUUUGGAAUGAUGGAAGUUGUUGCUCAACAACAUCUGGAGAUUCACAAGUUCCCCAUCCCUGGUAUCUAGAAAUGACUUGAUGUGGGUAUACAUUCUGGAGUAAGUGAAAAACAAAACAGAAAUAACAACACCAGAACAGAAGGGCUGAAUUAGACCAAAGGUCUAUCUAAUCCAGCAAACUGUGUCCCAGUGGCAAACCAGAUGCAUGAGGGCAUUUCCUAUUGGUAUUCAGAAGCAUGCUAUUCCUGAUCCUAGAGGUGGCAUAUUACCAUCAUGACUAGCAGCCAUUGAUAAGCUCAUCCUCCAUAAAUUCAGGGCGUUUUUAAUCUGGAACUAUCUGGAACUCAGUUCUGGCACCUCUCAGGUGGGCACUAUUGCCAUUCUAAGAGAAUAAGGGAGGUGCUCAUCGUGAGUUCUGGAACCCCUUUUUCUAGAAAAAUAGCACUGCAUAAAUUUGUCUAAUCCCCAAAGCCAUCAAGGAUGGUGGCUGUAAGCUAGGGGCCUUAACCCAAACCCUGAACAUCGCAUGAUAAGCCUAGAAGUCACAGGAGAUUAAUUUUUUUUUAAAGCCAUGGAAGAGAAGAAGAAGAAGGGUUUGGAUUUGGAUUUGAUAUACCACUUUAUCACUACCCUAAGGAGUCUCAAAGCGGCUAACAUUCUCCUUUCCUCCCCCCCCCCACAACGAACAUUCUGUGAAGUGAGUGGGGCUGAGAGACUUUAGAGAAGUGUGACUAGCCCAAGGUCACCCAGCAGCUGCAUGUGGAGGAGCGGAGACGCGAACCCGGUUCCCCAGAUUAUGAGUCUACCGCUCUUAACCACUACACCACACUGGCCAUAUAGCUAAAAUGCUGUUCAUGAAGUGAUUUCUGAAUUUCUAUGAUGUAGUCCCAUGAGUUUUUCAGUAGUUUUUUUCAGUGAUGUUGGAUAAAAUGAGAAUUUUAAAAUAUAGCUGAUCUUUCUUUUUUUUAAAAAAAUGAAAAUGAAAAUGAGGCAACCAGGAGCCUAAUAAGAGUGGUGGCAAGAGUUCUGGGCCUCAUGUUUCCUGCCUGCCUGCCUUUGUAAGUGCGUGUGAAAGAAAGAGUUCAAACGCUACCAUUGAGAGUACAUGAAGUCAGUAUGGGGAGAAGGGCUCACAGUCUCACAGCAAAUAGGAACUAGAAAGGUUUUUGUGAAGUCAUGGAAAAAUGGCCUUCACACAUCUUCCCAGAAAUAAUGAAGCCAGUCUCCUCAGUUACAGUUAGCUUGGACUCAGACAUUUGUCUUCAUUUUUCUCAUAAUUGGCUGGGCAUAGGUAUCAAUUUUCAAGCAAAGGGCUUAAGGCCUCUACAGAAGUGUCGGGAAUUGAAAGUUAAUGUGUGCCCAUGGACAGCUAAAUAUUGAGAGAGAACAUAAAUCUCCACACAUAAAGGUGACUGGUGGGAGGGACGGAGUCUUCCUUGGUUUGAAGCUUCAGGAAUUUUGGAAGCUGAUAAAGCAAUCUUUUUGUAACCAUGAUAGAAUGGCAGGGGCAGCCUCUUUAUGUUCAUCUUUAUUCUACCUAUACAAGUUGAUUAAACAAUUGGUUGCGUUAAGUCAAACUGAGUGAUGUACACCAAAUCUGCCAUGUUAAUCUUGAGAGGUGGUGGUGGUGGUGGAGGUGGUUGUUGUUGUUACAUUCUAAUACUGUGUUUUUAGUGUGAAUUGUAACGUUCUAUAUGAAUUGAUGUGCACUGCCUAUAUUCUAUAAGAAUUCUAUAUGAAUCUGGUCUGCAUUGUGAAAUUCUACAUUUUAUUUGAAAGCGUGGUUUAUAAAUCUUUAAAUAAAUAAAAAUUAAAAACAGAGCCAGGUCCAUGGUGGUCUUUGGAAAUGCUGGUGUGCUGAAAACAAGCAUGUCUAUACUUUGCAAAGUUCUGAAAGCUACCAGUCUUCAGUAGCUGGGCAGCUGCUCUGGGGAUACUACCAGACAAAAGUGUGUGCUGAAAUGGAACUUCCAACCUGCUAAACCAGAGGUUCUCAACCUUUUUGAGUCCAUGGCUUCCUUGACCAACUACAUUCUUUCUGUAGCUGCCCUGGCCAGCCCUAUUCGCCUGGGGAGCUUGUAGCCAGGGCUGCUGCAACAAACAGAUGUGCAAGCCUUUGGGAGGCAGAUACGCGAGAGGGCAUCAGAGGAGGGAGGGGAGGAAAGAAAGAGGGAUGGGGCCAAUGUUGCUUGUGGCAACCCUGACUAUCCUUCAAGGCACCCCAGGGUGCCAUGGCACAUUGGUUGAAAACCACUGUGCUAAAUGGUUGGGCAACGGGUCCUGCCCAGUGAAAUAGGUGCAGCACAUGGGCGUAGCCAGGAUUUAUGUUGAAGGGGGAGAGGACACCCACCUGCCACCAUCCUCUGUCUCUUUUCGUUAAGUAUUUUUAUUCAUUUACUUGAUUUUGGGGGGCAGCUCCCCCUGCUCCCCCCUGGCUACGCCCCUGGUGCCACAGUAUCAAAGAAGGAAGGCAAGAGCAAUAAACAUGUAGAAGAAAUGGAGGGAGUUGUACGUAGUGGUUACAUACACAUGAUAGCAAGUGACCUUUUGAUAAAUGAAUGGUCAUCUGUUCUUACCCUCUUUGAAUUACCGUAUUUUUUGCACUAUAACACUCACUUUUUUCCUCCUAGAAAGUAAGGGGAAAUGUCUGUGCGUGUUAUGGAGGGAAUGCCUACGGGUGGCAUGCCUAUGGAUUUUCCUCCUCUAAAAACUACGUGUGUGUUAUGGUCGGGUGCAUGUUAUAGAGCGAAUAAUACGGUAAGUUGGAACUGUUGUCUCCUGUCUCUGUUGCACUGGUGGUGCUAAGAAGCUUUUAAGUGGCAGAGGCACUGCUAGCAGCUGAUAAAAACCGAUGCAUAUGAAAUGGUCCUGUAGUGUAGGAAGACGAUAGGUCCAAAUGCUUUUUCAGCUGCCCAUUUUGCUAUUGAAUAAGGCAAGAAGAGUUCUGCAUAUGUCAGCUUAUUCACCAGUGUGCUGUCUCAUCAGCCCUGGAUAAUACUACAGUCCCCAGGCUAUGUCUUGUAUCCCUGGGGGGGAAUUAUUCCAAUGAAAUUACUUACACGUUUAUCGAAAGCUGAUGAGACUGGGUCAUAUGUUCUUAAUUAUACCAACUGAAAAUUCAAUUUCCACCCAAAAGUGGUGCCAAAAAGUGCACCAGACUUUGACAAAUGCGAUGCAAUUUAUAGUUUUCAGUCCGGUGCCAAUUUGUGAGCGUGAUUCAAUAUUAUAUUCACCCAUCUUGGCAAUAAAUGGGUGGCGGUUGUAAUAAUUUUCUAAUUCAUUUCCUAAUUUAUAUUUCUUACACCAGGCAAAAUUCUGACUGCUUAAAAUCAGGGUCAGCAGAAGAGAGACAGCAGUAGAGUCAUGGCCUGCUUGUGAUGGAUUGUUCAGUGCGGGCUAGCUGCUAUGAUUUGCAUAUCGCAGGCAUGGGAAACCUGUGGCCCUCUAGAUGAUGCUGGAUUCCCAACCUCCAUGAGCCCUAGCCAGAAUGGGCAAUGGUCAAGGAUGAUGGGACUUGCAAUCCAGCAACAUCUAAGCAUAGGCUCUUUCCCUCUCACAGCCUCUGUUGGGAUGGUUUCUUAGGAACAUUUGAAGUAGCCUUUAUACCAAGCCAGACCACAGGCAGGGGCUAAUCUGUCAAUUUCAGUUUAUGCCAGUUUAUGCCAGUUUCUUAUUUUUCCAGCCUUAAGUUCAGUUCGCAUUUCUGCAUCAGAAAGCCUUUCUUUUUUAAACAAAGGGUCUUCAUGAAAAUUCAGCAGCAUUUUAGUGUGAAUUAUUUUGUAUGCAGUUUUGUCUAAUAUACACAUUUUUGUAAGCAAACUCCCCAGGGAUAGGUCAAUCUGUCAGUUUCGGAUUAUGUCAGUGUUGUGGUUCUAGGGGUUGCUCGUGCGUAAGCCGGUGCAAACACCUGGCUGGGUUGCCUGAGUGAACCUUUUCUGUCCGGACAGCCACUCACCCGUGGCUGUCUCAAUCGCUGGCAGAAUCCGUCAGUGGGUGUUUCUUAAACUUCUUCCAGCAAAGAAGCUCUUUGACGCCUAGUCUCCUCCUACUCUCUCUGCGUGAAAGCCUUCUGCGCAAGGAGGGCGUAGGCAGCGGAGGACCCCUACUCUCCCCGCUGGUCCCCGGCAAGGAGUCAUGGGACCGCCUCGCCGCUUCCCCCAUCUGCCCCCCUUCUCCACUGGUGCUACGCUGAUUCUCUUCCCCAGAAGAUGGGCUGCCUCUCCCAAUCCCGGGACGCUCUCUGGAAUCCCUCUGGAUUUUGCUCUCUCCCUCCGGCACUGAUGGCAGUUCCCUGACAUCCACCUCCUCCUCAGGACCCCCACCCCACCCCUGGCGCGAUUUUCCGAUACAACCUCCUCUCUCUCCUCGGUCGACGAUGCGGGGAAUCCCCUGAAGGAACUGUCAUCAUCUUCUGAGGAUUCAAAACCAGCCUCCCAUCCGCUCGGAUUUCUUCCCGCUGGUUGAACCUCCCAGUCUGAUCCUUCUCCCUCGGACACCUCCCCUCCCUCCUCUUCGGAGGCAGGAAAACCCACAAAGUCCCCUUCAUCGUCUGUGGGUCCAAAUUCUUCCUCCCAGAAUCUAGCUAAUGGUUUGGGCUUAUCCGGGAACAAACCGUGGAAUUCUUCCACCAGAUACCCGUCAGUGAUUGAUUCAGCAGGGACCCAAGUGUUUUCAGACCUAGGUUCCCCCUCCCAGGCUACCAAGUACUCUACCUGGCGACCUCGCCACCUUGAAUCGAGUAUUUCCGUGGCUUCGUUACAGUGUUCCCUCUCCUCUACCCGCGGGUGGGUGGUAACCCCUCCCUCCCGUCCCAGGAAUUCCCGCCCCUCCCUGUAAGGUGAAAGUAGGGACCUAUGGAACACCGGAUGUAUCUUCAUGCUGUCAGGCAACUUGAGUUUAAAUGCCACUGGGUUAACCUGCUGUAUUACCUCAAAAGGCCCCAGCCGCCUAGGCUGCAACUUCUUGCACCCUCCCUUUAGGGGCAACCCUUGGGAUGACAACCACACCCGGUCUCCCACCCGUAUGGCCUCCCCCUCCCGACGGUGCCUGUCCGCCUGCCUCUUGUAAACUUCCUUGGCCCGCUCCAAGUUCAGCCUGAGUUGCUGGUGUAAGGCCUCCAUUUCCUCCACAAAUUGCUCAGCCGCAGGUACACUCCAUCCUUCCUCCCCCCGCCCCGGGAAGGCCCUGGGGUGACACCCGUAAUUGGCCAUGAAAGGGCUCAUUCCCGUGGACACGUGUUCAGCGUUAUUGUACGCAAAUUCAGCCAAAGCUAAUUUCUCUACCCAAUCGUUCUGUCUCUCGCUGACAUAGCAGCGUAGGUACUGCUGGAGUAUACCGUUCGCUCUUUCGGCUUGUCCGUUGGUUUCUGGGUGCCUCGCCGUCGAGAAGCUCACCUCGACCUGUAGCAAGCUCAUGAGUCUCCGCCAGAACCGGGAAGUAAAUUGUUUCCCGCGAUCCGAGAUUACCCUCAAUGGAGCCCCAUGCAGUCUAAAAAUGUGAUCCACAAACAGCCUGGCUGUCUCCUCUGCCGUUGCUGCAUGUGAGCAAGCUACGAAAUGGCACAUUUUAGUCAGUAGAUCGACCACUACCAUGACCGCUGUCUUUCCCCUUGACUUGGGCAGAUCUGUCAUAAAAUCAAUGGACACCACCUCCCAGGGCCUUUCCGGUGUAGGUAAGGGUUCCAGUAGCCCUGCGGGGGCAGCCCUUUCCCCCUUUGCCCUCUGGCAUCGGUCGCACCCUCGUACAUAUUCUCGUACGUCUUCCCUCACCUUUGGCCACCAGAACUGCCUGGUGACAAGUAGCAUGGUCUUGUGCUGUCCAAAGUGCCCAGCUGUUGGGUUGUCAUGGAGUUGUCUAAGUACCUUCCCCCUCAAAGUCUCCCCUGGUACAUACAGCGCCCCCUUAUAGUACAGUAGUCCUUCCUUUUCCUCAAACCCUCCAUUGCCUUCCUUUCCGUCCCGGAGUUCCCUGAUUUUUGUCUGAGCAAACUCAUCAUGUCUGGUGAGCCCUGCCAGGUCUCGUUUCCCAACCAACGCUCCCCCCCACACCCACCGGUCCUCGGGGAACACGUGCCUGGUCUCUGGUGGCCCCUCUCCUUCCAUGUACUCCGGUUUCCGGGAGAGAGCAUCUGCCCUUACGUUUUCCUCUCCCGGCACGUAUCGGAUCUCGAAGAAAAACUUGGCGAACUCCUGGGACCAUCUGAUCUGUCUCUGGUUGAGCACUCGCGCGGUCCGCCAGUAUUCCAAGUUCUUGUGGUCAGUUCGGACCUGGAUCUUGUGCCGCGCCCCUAUCAAUAGAUGUCUCCAUUGCCGAAAUGCCGCAUAGAUCGCAAGCAGUUCUCGGUCAUACACCGUGUAGUUUUGCUCCGACUUGCUCAGCUUCCUAGAGAAAAGGGCACACGGCCUCCAGUUCUGCUUGGCCCCGGGCUGCAAAAGGACCGCUCCAAUCGCGCGGUCGGACGCGUCCGUCUCCAGUCUCAUGGGCUUCUCCGGAUCCACGUGCAGGAGCUGCUCUUCCGAGGCGAACGCCUUCUUCAGUUUUUCAAAGGAUUGCUGCGCAUCCUCUGUCCACGCGAACUUCUUUUUGCUACUAAGACAAUCCGUUAUGGGCGCUGUCAAGUGAGCGAAGUUCUUUAUGAACUUCCUGCAGAAGUUGCUGAAGCCUAGGAACCUCUGCACAUCCUUUCUGUUUUGGGGUGCUUUCCAUUCCAGCACUGCCUUCACUUUGCCCAGAUCCAUGGCUAGUCCUUUGUCUGACAACCUGUACCCCAGGAACUCGACCUCCCUGGCGUGGAAUUGGCAUUUUUCCAGCUUGACCCACAACUGAUGCUUCUUCAAUCUCUGUAGCACCUCCCUGACGUCUCUGACGUGUUGCUUUUCAUUGUCCGAAUAGAUUAAGACGUCAUCCAAAAGGCUACGCAAUUCUUGUACAGCAGGGGCCCCAACACAUGGUGCAUGAAGGCUUGAAAGCAGGCGGACCCCGAUUGUAAUCCAAAUGGCAUGACUAAGUACUCAAAAGCCCCCAGGGGGGUGAACAUGGUCGUUUUCCAUUCGUCCCCCUCCCUUAUCCUAAUCAGAUUGUAUGCUCCCCUGAGGUCCAGCUUGGUAAAAAUCUUCCCCUGCCUCACACGUGUCAAAAUAUCGUCAAUUCUGGGCAUUGGGAAAGUCACGGGUUCUGACACCAGGUUUAGGGCCUGGUAAUCCACGACUAAUCUGGGCUGAUUAGUCUCUUUUUUGUCCACAAAGAACACUGGACUGCCCCCCACCGCCUUUGAUUCCCUUAUGAAACCCCUCUUCAGGUUCUUGUCAAUAAACUGCCGCAACUCCUGCAUCUCCCGGUCGGACAUGGCAUACAGCUUACACACCAGUAACUGAGCCCCUGGAAGCAGGUUGAUUUGGCAGUCAAAUGGCCUGUGGGGGGGCAGUCUGUCUGCCUCCCUCUCGCUGAAGACCUCCUUCAAAUCAGCAUAUUGUGUUGGCACCUCCCUUUUUUGCUCCAGGGCCACCCCAGCCACCCUGGCCACAGUCCUUCUUGGUUCCUUCCCUCCCAGACAGUGUUCUAAGCAGUAAGCUGACCCAAAGGUGACCGACCGCUGAUGCCAUGACACCACUGGGUCAUGUAUUGCCAGCCAGCUCAUUCCCAGUAUUAUCGGGGGUCCUGCCAGUGUGGCCACAUGAAAGGCAAUGGUUUCCGUGUGCCUGGAGACACUCAUUCGCAUUGGCGGUGUCUGGUGUGUCACUUCCCCUCCCAGGAGUUCCCUGCCAUCGAUGGUGGUCACCUGCAAGGGAAAAUCUAGUGGCAACAGGUGGAGCUGGUGCUCAAGAGCGAAGUCUCUGGUGAAUAAAUUACACGAGCUGCCAGAAUCUAGCAGCCCCUCCACUUUGACGGGGUGCCCAUUUGGGAGUUCUAGCACCACCUCUAUGGCUAUAGCUGCCUUGGGAGGGUCAGGCUGGGGCACUUCUAUUGGUUGCUGGCCUGGCUGCUGCCCUUGCUGGUUGGCAGCCAGGCGUUGUCGUUUCCCUGCACCGGCUCUUCCUCCCCCUUCUCGUCGUGCCCUGCAGCCCCCAUCAUGCCGGUGCAAACACCUGGCUGGGUUGCCUGAGUAAACCUUUUCUGUCCAGACAGCCACUCACCCGUGGCUGUCUCAAUCGCUGGCAGAAUCCGUCAGUGGGUGUUUCUUAAACUUCUUCCAGCAAAGAAGCUCUUUGACGCCUAGUCUCCUCCUACUCUCUCUGCGUGAAAGCCUUCUGCGCAAGGAGGGCGUAGGCAGCGGAGGACCUCUACUCCCCCGCUGGUCCCCGGCAAGGAGUCAUGGGACCACCUCGCCGCUUCCCCCAUCUGCCCCCCUUCUCCACUGGUGCUACGCUGAUUCUCUUCCCCAGAAGAUGGGCUGCCUCUCCCAAUCCCGGGACGCUCUCUGGAAUCCCUCUGGAUUUUGCUCUCUCCCUCCGGCACUGAUGGCAGUUCCCUGACAGUCAGCUUCGCAUUUUUCCACUUAAAUUCAGUUCUCCACAUCUCCACAUCAGUUUGUGAAUCUUUUCUUUUAAGUCCUCUUGAAAUUCUCAUCAGUGCUUUGGUGCAAAUUUCUCCUAAUAUAUACAAUUUGGUAAAGCCAUUAUUCCUAAUAUAACAAUUUUUGCAUGCUAUUUUAAUGCACACUUUACCCCAGUAUGUGCAUUUAUAUGCACAUUAGCUGGAUGGAGAACUGUGUUGCAAAAUUCAGAGAACUGUGACUCUCAAAGGAUGGCUGUUUCGGUUUGAAAAUUAGGCAGGCUUGCCUUUAAAUGUGAGUUGAUUCCUUCCCAAUGCCUAACAAUUGGUCCAUCCAGACUAGUGUUUUCCCAACCUUGGGUCUCCAGCUGUUGUUGGACUACAACUCCCAUCUUCUCUAGCUAGCAUGGCCAGUGGCCAGGGAUGGUGGGAAUUGCAGUCUGAAGCCAGCUGGAGACCCAAGUUUGAGAAACACUCACCUACAUCAGUACUAUCUGCACAUGGAGCACUGAGUGCUUCAGAUAGUCCUACCUAGUCCUUCCUAGGUCCUACCUGAGAAAUGGCAAAGAUUGAACCUGGAGCAUAUGGCCUUCAAAACAUGUGCUCUGCCGCUGAGCUUUGGUCCUUCCCUAAGGGGAAGAGAUUUUCCUCUGUGUGUAGACAGUAGGGGUACCUGCAGGUGAAGAUGGGAAACUCCAUUAUGCUAGCACUCAUCCAUGAAGUAGCCUUAUUAUUCAGCUGAAUACAACCCAUAAUAAUAAUAAUAAUAACAAGAAUAAUUUAUUAUUUAUACCCCGCCCAUCUGGCUGGGUCCCCCCAGCCACUCUGGGCGGCUUCCAACAAAACACUAAAAUACAAUAACCUAUUAAAAAGCUUCCCUAAAGAGGGCUGCCUUCAGAUGUCUUCUAAAAGUUUGGUAGUUAUUUUUCUCUUUGACAUCUGGUGGGAGGGCGUUACACAGGGCGGGUGCCACUACUGAAAAGGCCCUCUGCCUGGUUCCCUGUAACUUGGCUUCUUGCAGCGAGGGAACUGCCAGAAGGCCCUCAGCGCUGGACGUCAGUGUCCGGGCAGAACGAUGGAGGUGGAGACGCUCCUUCAGGUAUACUGGACCGAGGCCGUUUAGGGCUUUAAAGGUCAGCACCAACACUUUGAAUUGUGCUCAGAAACGUACUGGGAGCCAGUGUAGGUCUUUCAGGACAUAAGAAGCUGUCUUAUGCCAAGUCAAAUGCUGGUCCAUCUAACUCCAGCAUUUCAGACAGGAGUCUUUCCUCAGCCUUACCUGGAGAUACCAGGACUGAAGCUAGGACAUUUUGCAUUAAAAGCAUGUGCUCAACCACCUAGCUCCAGUCCUUCCUUGCCAAAACAGAUGAUUGUUUUACCAAACAACUGAUUCCAUGAGCAGCAUGGUAAGUUAACGUGGCAAAGGGUCAUUUGUAUUCACUCUUACACAUUUGCGGCAGUGUGCAGGAUUCCUUUGUUCCCCCUAGGAAACAUUUCAAUCCCUGCUUUCUUUUUUUCUUUCUUUUUUUAAGGAACAAAAGAGUGACAAUUUCAACUCCUUUGUGCCAUCACUAAUUUUGCACAAUCUAUGUGUGUCUUUUUCCCCGUUGAGCAUUCAUACACAGCGCCGCUCUUUGCUUCUUGUUCAUCAGACUCGCUCUGAGAGCUUUGAAAGCAUUAAUUACUUUAGUCAUUUAAUCAAGUGCUAAACAGCCGAUGGGCUGAGAUUGUGACUCAAUAUACCAAUCACAAUUGAGUUCACUGUCACCUCGUGUCCUCCCGCCCCCGUCUUUUCCGAUUUCUCUGCUGUUCCUCAUCCUCUGCUCAGGCUCUGUACAAGCUUCCUAAGCUCUUGGGAGAAGAGGGAGGCAGGAUUUGCAGUGGAAAAAAUAUUGGAGGUGGAAGCAGCAAAAAAGGAUUUCCUCUGACGGGUGCACUGGAAGUUCAGCCCCAUUUCAUUCCCACCAAAGCAGGUGUUGCAAUCAGAGUCCUGCUUCAGUUCAUAGAAUCAUAGCAGAGUUGGAAGGGACCCCAAUGGUCAUCUAGUCCAACCCCCUGAGAUGCAGGAAUCUCAGCUAAAGCAUCCAUGACAGACUGCCAUUCAACCUCUACUUGAAAACCUCCACUGAAGGAGCCGUCUGAGGGAGACCAUUCCACUGUCAAACAGCUCUUAUUGUCAGAAAGUUAUUCCUGAUGUUUAGUCGGAAUCUCCUUUCUUGUACAGUGGUACCUCGGGGUACAGACGCUUCAGGUUACAGACGCUUCAGGUUACAGACUCUGCUAACCCAGAAAUAGUUCCUCGGGUUAAGAACUUUGCUUCAGGAUGAGAACAGAAAUCACAUGGCGGCGGCCUGGCAGCAGCAGGAGGCCCCAUUAGCUAAAGUGGUGCUUCAGGUUAAGAACAGUUUCAGGUUAAGAACAGACCUCCAGAACGAAUUAAGUUCUUAACGCGAGGUACCACUGUAAAUUGAAGCCAUUGGUUCAAGUUUCUUCCUUCUUCCAAAUGGCGGCCCUUGAGGUAUUUGAAGAUGGCUGUCAUCUCUCCUCUCAGUCUCCUUUUCUCCAGGCUAAAGAUACCCAGCUCCUUCAACUGCUGCUCAUAAGGCUUGGUUUCCAGCCCUUCCCAGGUUGAUGAGCCCCAUCUGCCCCUUCAGCACUAUAAACCACCUUCUUGACUGUUGGACUAACUCUUGGUCUCGUCCGCUUAAUCCACUGGAGCCUGUCUUCACAUGCAGGGGAAGUCCCUAACUCACUGAGGGCAAUGGGGUGAGUGUGUGAGUAGAAACAAGCUUCCUGUACAAAGGUAACAUUUACAUUCACUGACCCUCCCACUUUUGCCUCUGGCCCCGCCCACCACUGGCAUGUGGUCUCCAGAAAUUUGUCCUGAAGGGGAUACAGACCUAAGUCUGAGAAAGUUUUCCUGUCUUGGUCUACUGCCCCAUUCUUGUCUUAUCUUUCUUUUUUUCCAAUUUUUUAAAAUUAGUUUUCCAAAUUUAUAACAAACGAAUAAAAAAAAAAUCAAAAAACAAACAAACAACAAACAAACAUUUAUUCCAGCUGUAAUAGUUCCACUUUUGUUAACAUUAUUGGGUGACUUCCUCGAAUUCCCCUGGCUGAGUUUCCAUAUAAAUCAUUGUAGCAGUUUUCCAAAACUAUUUUCACUAAGAUUUACUUAAUCAAUUAACAUCUUUCUUUCUUUCUUUUCAUUUUAACUUUUAACAUAGUAUUCUACAACAUCACAUAUUUAAAUCCUAGGCCUAUCUGAUACUCACAAGUAAUUCUAUUUGAGAUAUCUUAACAUAUUUAGCUAAGUAGUCUUUGAAUUUCUUCCAUUCCUCUUGGUACUCUUCCUCCUUCUUACUCUUCCUCCUUCUGGUCGCGGACUCUUCCGGUCAGGUCGGCUAGCUCCCAAAAGUCCAUCAUCUUCAUCUGCCAUUCCUCCACUGUUGGUACUUCUUGUAAUUUCCAAUUUUUGGCCAAUAAAAUUCUAGCUGCAGUUGUGGCAUACAAAAACAAUCUGACAUCUUCUUGGGCAAUUCCAAACUUGUUAUUCCAAGUUGAAAGGCUUCUGGUUUCUUAAUAAAUGUAUAUUUCAACAUUUUUUUCCAAUUCAUUAUAAAUCUUUUCCCAGAAGUCUUUCACCUUGGGACACGUCCACCACAUAUGGUGAAAGGUACCUUCUUUUUCUUUACAUUUCCAACAUAAGUUGUCACUCUUGUGGUAGAUCUUUGCUAGUUUUACAGGGGUUAAGUCAUUCUUGUCUUAUCUUUCGGCCUCCAUACUAUGAGUAGAUUUUGCUCUCCUCUUCCAGUUGUAAGAUUUGGUUUCCAGGCAGACAAAGACGACUGGGUUGAUAUCAACAGGACUGAGACUCUGUGGCUGCUCUGUUGUGGAUCUUGACAUGUUCAGUUUGUUUUAAAAUUUUGUUUCUAACCUUUAUGAUUCCAGGGGGCAGGGAUCCCUUAGGGAACAACAUGAUUGGAAUUCAAACAUAGGAACUGGUACAACAGACAAUUAAGCUUUUUUUUUCUUUUUCUUUGCUGGUAUGUAUGCUUGUAAGCCAAUGUUUUCACUACUAGACCUUAGUAAAUGUCACUUCGGAUCUCAAUUAACUGAUGAUCAGUUCCAAACAUCCUAAGACCUGCCACUUCUCAUCGCACUUUAGAAAUUGCACAAAUGGCAUUGAAGAAGCAGCACAACAUGCCUGCAAGCUAAAUGCCAUUUAAGAGGGAAGUAAAUAAGUUCAUACCCUGGAUUCUGGGAGAUUGGCUGCUCUGCAACUGAAAACAGUGUUUCUUUUUUUAAUUUGACGUUUGUUGAUGCUAUCGAAAGGUUCUGAAAUUCAAGCUCUUUGAAAGGAAGCAUCCAGGCCAGACUAUAAGAAAGCUCAAAGUUGGAGACAACAAUAAUACACAGAACUAUAUUCCAUCAGAUUCAUAA